AAUGCUCCUUUUCACGGCCCGUGGAGUCUGAGCGGCGAUGAAUAUCAACACGAGCGGCGAUGAAUAUCCCAGAAGGUGUUAGGUUGGUAACGAGGGCAACACUUUUUGUUGGAAUCCCUUCCUACACUUCGGGAAACUUCAGUUUGGAAGCAUGCUCAGUAAGAACUGAAGUCACGUGAUAUUGGGACACAAACUCCUCCCAACUGCUCGGGGAAGAUGGUAGCAAUGGUCGUCGGGGACGUCUGUUAAAUUCUCCGAAAUUCUGCAGCUGUACCCACACCGCCCUCCCCCUCUCCCCGCCAACCAAAUGCCAGGCAAUCGACGCAUGACACGGGGCACCUUCUGUUGUCGGGGAUUUUGGAGAAGGAGGCUGGCAUCUCUCAGGGUUGGCAUCGGGCAAGUCCUCAGGUGCCUGGCGGGAGGAUCCCAGGAUGAGGCGGGAACGUUGGCACAUGGCGACAUGGUCUCCCUGCACCCGAGGGCAGAGGUGGUAGAGCAGGAGGGGCAGGCACACUCCUGUCCUGGAGGUCGGGCGUUGAGAGGGGGAGCAUCCGAUCGAAGGCCAUCCAGCUCGGGGUCCGUGGCUGGGGGGCUGAAGACGAAGAGGAAGCUGACCCCCCUGCCUUCUUUAUCCUCCAAGAAAAUCGUGGAGAGGAGCUCCGGUAAUGGGAAGAGAGGUCUGGAACAGGGUGUGGGUCUUGGCCCAGGAGACCAGCUCACGCCUCCUGUGAUCAACUUGAUCCCGCCGACUCCAUCCAAUCUGAUCGACGAUGACCGUUUUUUUGAGAUCGACUCAGAGGCGGGCAACAAAAAGGCAGGCAGCUCAGAGGGUCCGAAGGCCGGAGACUCUGGGGGCUGUGGAGCUGAUAGUGGGAGAGGAGUGGCAGGGGGCGGUGCUGAGGGAGAUAAUGAGACAGAUGUACCAUCAGCUUUUGGACCUGGCGUGAGAUCAGAUACUGACCUGCUUGACGAUCUUUCCCAUCUACAUUCUGAAAAUACUCUCCUCCAGCGAGAGCUGAGGUCCGAUUGGACAAGGGAGGAAAGGAUGGAUCUAGAGGUCACCUCGAGCCAGACCGAUCUGUUAAAAAACUGUGAAGAGAUUCUACUUCCAAAGGAUCCCAAACAGAGUAACCAAAUCACCAAGGAAGCAAACUCCAGGGAACCGAUGGAAGCAAAGUUCUGGCUGACCCCCUUUCAGACCAAACUGAGGUCCAGGCUGCAGCUCAAGAGGCCGGUGAGCAGGAGGUACAGUCUGGGUGACAUGAAGACCAUGACUGGAGACCUUCAGAGCCUCGGGCUAGCUCCUGACACUGACACACGGGGAGUUGGAUCACCGAGACAGAGACGCAUCACAUUCGAAUCCUACAUACCACCCUCAGCUGAUCGGAAAGGGAGCUUCAAGGGAAAGGAGAACAUCAAAGAACUGAAGAACAGAUCCCUUGGGGAAAUGAACACCGAAGAAGUUUGUGAGUGGGUCAGAGGGCUGGGACUGGAGAGGUGUAUUCCUACAAUCAAAGAGAGCAAAUUGCGAGGACAGCAGCUGGUGUCCAUUGACCUGGACACUCUCGCCCAUCUUCAGUUGGAAACCAUUGAGGAGAAAGAGAUUCUCCUGGCGUCCAUUUACAAAGAGCUCCACCCAAUGGACACAGGCAGCCAACGUCUUGAUGAUCUGCUCGUAACCUUAAGGAACAUCCACAGAGUGGAUUCCUUGACAUUCCGAGAGGUCUGGAAGCAGGAAAUGCCAGGACACUUGGCAGAAGGAAGUCAAGUCUGCAAUUCUGUGUGUGAUAAAUAUGAGCUCACUUUGUGUAUUACGUUAAUUUUAUUCAGGGAAGCUGAUGCAGUAGAAGAUAAACGAUUGAUAAAGUCUGAUCUGGUCAAUUUAACAAUAAAAGCCUUUAAGAAAAACCUGCAGUUGAAGGUCCCGAGGAAUUCCACAGUUGCUAAAGUAACGGAUGCGGGCCGGAAGAUCCUGGGACUGAAGGAAGACGCCAGGCACCUGUCCCUCAAUCUCAUCGCCAGCAAAACAGGCAAACUGAUUGAGGAGCUGCCAGCAGAGAUGCAGAUAAGCGAAUUGAAGGCUUUGGAGAGAAAAGAUCUCAAACUGCAACUGUGCAGGAAAGCAAGUCACAAUUCCAAUGGCAUGGAGAAUGGGGUGCCAGAGUCUGGCUUUGCUUCAGUUUCGCCUCUCAGCAUUCCGACGCCUGGAGCUCGGAUCCGUCAGAUGGAGUUGAGAGCUCAAGAAGACGAGAUAAGCAAAUUGAAGCAGCUCAUAAAAAGCAUCAAAGCGAGUCAUCAGCAGACCCUCCAGCUGCUGCAGUGUUCCCGCACCCUGCAUCGAGAGGCAGUCUACCUUCUCACAGAGUCUGUCUGUCCCACAAAUCCACAGGAGGGCUCAUGUCGUGCUGAUGCUGAACUGAACAAGAAGGAAAUGUUCAUCCAGCGACUAACCCUGGCACAGAAAGAGCUGGCGAACGAGAGCUGCUUUGACAAAGGGCUCCUUGAACAAAUGAAACAAGACUAUCAGAUUCUGAAGGAAAAAGUCUUUACCUUCUAUCGAACACAGGAACAGACAAAAUGGAAGAACGUUCAGGAGUACCUGAGAACAAAGGCAGUCGGCAAGCUGCAGUCGAUGACGUUGUCACAGCUCAUUGUACCCCAUUCAAUGGCACUGCUGGUGAGGGUGCAGCUGACAGUAAGGCCUGGUCACUGUGGAGUCACCGUGAGAUGGUGUGUAGGCCAAGGGCUGCAGGUUGUGACAGCAGAGAGUUCACAUCUACAACCCAAUGACAGACUUGUGGAAGUGAAUGGGAUCUGUGUACUGGAUGCUUCAGAGGAAGAGCUGAUGGAAUUACUGACAGCACCAAGUGCAGAAAUUCUGGUACUGAGAGAUCUUGCUCCCUCUGCCCCAGAACCUUAA